CUUACUUGAUAUCUGCAAGUAUAAGAGCCCUGACCUCUUCAUUAUCCCUCGCCCUGAAGUUCAUUGAAAAGCGACAUUGUUUCUUUAAGAUUGCACUUGCAGUCAUCGUUGGCUCUGUCCAUUGUCGUGGGGGUGGUGAGGAGGGUGGGGGGGACAGGACGCGAGUUGAGAGAUUGAUAUACGGGGGCCGAGGGCGAGAGAGGCGCACAUCAUCAGCGGACCAGCUGCGGCGUAGUCAACAAGUCCUGAGCGCUUCCUUCCAGACAUGGGUUGCUAUGACUGCUGCAUGCGCUGUUUGGGCGGGGUGCCAUACUGCUCCCUUGUCGCCACUCUGCUCUGCUUCUCCGGUAUUGCCCUGUUCUGCGGUUGCGGUCACCAGGCACUCACAGAAACGGAGAGACUCAUUGAAACGUAUUUUGCCCGUAACCUUCAGGACUACAUCACUCUAGCCUAUAUUAUUCAGUAUUUCCAGUAUGUCAUCUAUGGUUUGGCCUCCUUUUUCUUCCUCUACUGCAUUGCUCUCCUGGCUGAGGGCUUCUACACCACAAGCGCUGCCAAGCAAACCUUUGGAGAGUUCAGGAGCACCAUGUGUGGUCGCUGCCUCAGCUCCUCGUUCAUAGUGAUGACGUACCUUCUUGCUGUGCUGUGGCUGCUGGUGUUUGCCUUCUCCGCCUUGCCGGUCUACUUCUUCUACAACAUGGAUGCAACUUGCAGCACCAUUGAUGUUCUGACCGAGACCCCAGCGAGUAUAAACCAGCUCUGCGUUGAUGCAAGGCAAUACGGGCUCUUGCCAUGGAAUGCAGUACCGGGAAAAGCUUGUGGUAUGACCCUGUCCAAUAUUUGCAAAACCAGAGAGUAUCAGAUGACCUAUAACCUGUAUGUUGCGGCCUUCACUGGUGCGGGCAUCACUCUCUUGGCUCUGGGGCCACCUGCACUGCGAGACUCUGCCAGAGGGGUUGUAUUACGUGUCAAAGGAGACUGCUCUCUGGACAAAGAGAGGGCUAGACCUCUGCAAAGCCUCAAUGCAGCUCCUCUGCCGCUGCAUGCGGAACACAUCUGUACUGCGCUGCAGGCUCACCUCACACAAUGGAAAACGGUGGAUUCAGAGUGAAGGAAUUAUAGAUUCAGUUAUUUGUUAGAUCGGUAAAUGUUUCUCACUGUGAGACGACAAAAGCUGUAGGCGCUGAAUUACAAAGUAACCUCUCAAUAUCGGAUUAAAAAAAGGUGUUUCCUGCUCUUUUUUUUUUAUAUUACUGAGGUACUUUAAUGGCAAAGAAACUGCUUUGCUUAAUUCGUUAGGGAUUAUGUUGUAGUUAUUGUAUAACACAAUUUAACUAAUUCUAGCUGAAUUUACUAAUACAUGUACAGUGUGGUCAGAUGUCUACAUACACUCAUCGGCAGCAUGCCAAAACUUAGGUUUUCAAUUAUUUGAACUGUUUUUCUUCCAGGGUGGAAUGACUAUGCAGAAUACAUAUGUGUCUUUCUUUAUUGAAAGACCUGGAACUCUACCCUUUAGAAAACUUAAGCAUGAUGUUUUUGAGAGGAAGCCUGAAAUUGCCUCCAACACUACAGUAAAGAGCAGUCGAUACUCAACAAAAAAAUAUGCAAAACCUUGUCGAUGGUACUUGAGUUUAAAUUUCUGAUUGGACUGAAUUUACCUUUUUAUAAAGUGCCUUGAGGAAGAUUGUGAAUUGGCACUAUACAAAUAAAACUGAAUUGGGGGGGAAAAAAUUGACUUCUUGUUUAGCAAAUUUGUCUAAAUAUUAGUGGUGUGCAUGUAUAUAUCUAAGCUUGUAUAUAUCAAUUUAAACGUAAGUGAAUUAGAAA